CGUGUUUUUCUCCCGUGAGUUUUUCCGAAUUUCCCGAGUUAUUUUUCCGCGUUCUGACGCAAUCCCACUGUGUACCUGUUCACCUUCUUCAACAGGUUAUGGGCCGAGUGGAAUUUGCGCAGAAAACCGUUUAACCGCUUCUAAAACGGCCGAGAAGGUGCCGGUCGAUCGAAGGUAUAUCGUUCGCGUUCGCGAGUAUUGUUUUGUGUGCUGCAGCAGCUCAGACCAAACAUGGAAGCGUUAAACAAGUUUGUCCGCCUGAACAAUCACAAUUGGCAGACUUGGAAAUUCCGCAUGGAGAUGCUCCUUACUAGAGAGGACUUGUGUUACAGCAAACAAGUCAAGGCGUACUACUACUACGACCGGUACACCCGAAAGUCCCAGUGGGAGCACCCCAUUGACGUCCUCUACCGGCAGAAGGUGGUCGACGCUCGGAAGGCACUCUCUUUGGAUCGAUCGGACUCUACAUCCCUGGCAGAUUCGGGCUUUCGAAGCUUGAAGUCCGCCGCCAGCAACAAUAGCAACAACAGCAGCGGAAGCGGAAGUGCCGGCAGUGCCAGCGGAUGCGACAAAUUUGAGAUAGAAUCGCCGGCACCGGUUGAGGAUAACGGGACGGGGACGGGUGCACUGAGAAAGGAACCGCCGCAUGAACCCGAUCGAAUAUUUGGAAUCGUUGGGUCGGGUUCGGUGGAAUCGGAUCGAGAGAAUAGCGUACGGGAAGUGGAUGUAGGCAAAGAUCGGCCCGAGAAGGAUAGGAGCGGGGGUGUGGAAAAAGAGGAAGAAGUUGAAGUGGGGGAAGAAGUGGGCAACGAAGUGGCGGAGGAGGAGGAAAGUGGAGAAUCAGAUAAAGAAAACAAUAGCCAAAGGUUGCAAGAUAGAAAGAUUGAUGAAAGUUGUGGUGCAAUGGCAAUGUCUCCAAAGAUUUCGUUCAACUUGGGUUCCAGCCUGCGGGACCGCUCGGAGACCAGUUUGUCCCGUGGAUCUUUUCAGGGGUUUACUCUCACCGGUACGGGAUCACAGUUCUUGAAAUCCAAUAAAAAACCUGAAUUCGAAAGUUUGGAAUUUGGCAAAAAGGAGGAGGUGAAAGGAAUUUUGAGAGAUUCAAGUCUGACCUACAUCAGAAACAAAGGAACUCCGAAUGAAGAUUCUUCGGAUGAGAGGAAGAGUGUGCGGUUUGAUAUUGACUUGAAUGCGGAGUUGAAGUCGAAUAGACUCGAAGCAGUGCGAGACGAUUCGUUGAUAAAUUUUGAAGAGCUUGUCGAAGCAUACGAUAACGAUGGCGAAGAAGAAGUUGAAGACGAAGAAGAGGAAGUUGGUGAAGGUUCGGAAAAGAAAUCAUCCAACUCGACUGAGUCUUCCGAGGAAGAUUCAGACGCGAGCGAAGAGGUUGAUAGUAAGGCAGAGGUAGCCAAGGAAGUAGUGGCGAGGAGGUUUUCCAUGGAAAGGGUUAGUGAUGAUUCUAUAAGACAAUUGAAGGAUUCAAUUGCGGAUGAAAAAACGAGAUAUAAAGCAAAGCUAGAGGAGGAGCUGCAAAACCUGCGGUUGCUGGAAGAAGCAAACAUUCAAAAUGAACUUACUAAGGAGAAGCAGCAUUUCGAAGAAAUGCUAGAUAAGGAGAAGGAAAAGCUGAAUGAUACUCACCAGAAAAAUAUUGAGGAAAUCAAAGAGUUUUAUCAAGUGAAACUUAAUGAGAUGAAGGCUGAUUAUGAGGAAGAGAAUGAAAAGGAAUAUAGGAUCUAUAGGGAAACGUUACAAGAAGAGUUUGAUAUGAAGGUAAAAGAGGUCACAGAUGAGCACAAAGCAACGAUGGCAACAUUGCAGAAAAACCACGACGAAAUUGUAGAAGAGCUGGAGCGUGAUUUAAAGAUGGAAGAGGAGCUGUUGAAGAAGGAGCAUGCAACCAAUCUGACGGAGAUGAAAAUUAAGCUGGCUCACGAGCUGGAGGUUGAACGUCAACGCAUGCGAGAAACUGGUGAGGAUCGGCUGUAUGAGAAAAUCCGUUGCGAGAAGCGAUUGCUAGAAGAUAAGUACAAAUGUUUGAAGGAGAAGUAUACUCGUUUGAAGACUGAUGUGAGAAUUUCCUUGGAAAGGCGCAAAAAGCGCCGUGAGCAACAACAACAGAGCCUUAUCAGCAACGGCUAUGAAACAGAUGAUCGCACUCACUCGAAACCUACCCCCCAAUACCCUUACGAGGGUAAGUCAAGUGCGGGUGGACCUCCUUCCCUGAUGAUGAACUCGGAGAAGUCUUCAAUCAGCACUCCUCCGCCUUCGGCUGCUUCCAAACGUUUCCCUGCCAAGAACAACUAUCUGAUAGAUAACAAAAGCAAACUUCUCCAUUACAAUGGAAAUACUCACCAACAGGUGGCUUCUUCUGCUCCGACAGAACCUCGAAAACCAUUCAUACUAAACAAUAACCGAGUGCAGAACACCGAUGAUACCAGCCAGAGCGAAACGACUUAUUCCAAGAACUACUUUCAAAUACGUAGCAUUUUUGCGAACGUUCGUGACGACAACUUUAGUUCGGAUUCUGAGUUCGAUAAGAACCACGACAAGAACAGCGUACCGAUGAGCCGACAGAAGCGUAAGUUGUUCACCAAAACUAAGUCGGCGUCCACCUCGAAGCUGAACUCUUCCAAGCACGAACGGGAACGGCCUUGCACUCCGGUGGAGAAUCUGCGUAUUCAGCUCAAGAAGCUGGAGGAGCUGGAAGAUCAAAUUCCCGACUGCAAUAGCGAUACGCCUUAUCAUCUGCGGUAUCCAUUCAGCGAUCUGGAAAACAACGGCGGAAGCACGGAGCUGGACUUCUUCAAGCAUCGCAUUUUGUUGGAGCGGGAUUCGGUGAUGCGUGCGAAGGAGUCGCUACGGGCCCAGAAGAAUCUGUUCAAAUCAAAACAACGGGAUAUUUCGGUGAAGCACACGAUGAAGAAUAAACAUACCAUGGAUCAGAUCUUCAGCGAGGAAAAGGAGCUGACGGAAAUGGAGGUUUCUCUUCACCGCACCCGAGCGUUGCUCGGUGAGAAAGUGAUUCGGCUGCGUCAUUUGGAGCGCUCGUUGCAGAAGUUGUCAGAAAAAGAGCGACCCACGUUACCGGAAAAUAUUGAAAUCAAAAUGAAACCCAAGGAGACGCUAAGUGAUUUAUCAUCAUACUCGAGCUCUGGCUUCAGUAGCACCGAUGUUCCGACAGAACAUCACAACAUUCGAAGGUCGUUCGGCGAGCCGAAGGAAACUUUCAAAUAUCUGGAACAUCUGCACAGUGAGAUCCAGGAUAUUUGGAAUAUUUUGAAUCCCAAUCACGCAGCCAGCGGAUACGAAGAGUUGGACUACCUUAACAAUCCGUCGCAACACUUUUGCGACAUAGUGAUGUCCCCGAAGCCGGGCACCCCAGGCCUCGGAGGCAAUCCGUCGUCUCACCAGCAAGGGCAUGGUCCGAAGCAGCAGCAGCCGCCGCAGUAUCUUCAGUAUCAUCCACAGCAGUAUACGGUGAACCUGCUGGAAAAGACCCGGGAUCUGAAAAACUGGCUACGGCAGGCCAAAUCGGAACACGAGCUUCUAAAGAAGAAGUCCUUCGGAUAAACUUGAUGUGGACAGCAGGAUUAUCGGACUUUAGAGAGUGGAUAUCAAACUGUUUAAUAGUUUUAUACAAGCUGCACAAAUUGGUGGUACAGAAUAAGCAGAAAUACAACACCUACAUACUUUACUAUCAAACAUGACUUUUAAGGAAAAUAAUCUUACUUUCUUUACUGGAAUUAUUAUUCUACCGGCUCAAAUUUACGUUUUGAAUAGAAUUUUUUCUUAGUUAUAUUUAAGUAUGUACACAUGAUUGAUUAGACUCAUCAGCAGCCAAUAAUUUCUCGUAAUCGAUUUUAAUGUAAAAUUAAACUGUGAUUUUCCUUAACGUAGUGAUACUAAUAAACGUGUAUUUAAAUCCAUCCAGAACAAGUCAAUAAAUGGUGAUUUUCAAUCAUUUUAUCGAUAGAUUUAUCGUUUGAAUUUAUCUGUUGUGUUUGUCGGGAAUGAGGAUAAGCGAGAGCAAAACGAUCCGGAAUAUACAGAAUGAACUUCUAAUAGGAGAGUGUUGCUAUAAUUAUUUUCAUCCAUUGUUGCUGAUAACGAGAAAGGAUGAUUAUAUACAGGAGUUUGGAAGCAGAAAUAUAAUAUUCAAAAUUGAAAUCGAAAUCCUAUUAUGCAAAUAAUUGUUCAAAAUCAAAUAGAAUCUCAUUUUAUUUUCCUCAAACGCACUGUUACAUAAUUACUUCAAAAGGCAUCUUGUCAAUGUUGUAAAAAAUGACAAAGUCGAUCUUUUUUAAUAUCUAAAGAAAAACAAAAGUUUUGAUUGGCCAAAAACUAGUCUGUUUGAGUUGACAACAACGGAGAAAAUAAAAAAAAUAUACCGGCUAAAAGAAGAGUAGUCGAACAAUACCAAACAGUACAUAAACCAAUAUUUAAAGUAUCACCCAACAAGCGGAUGGCAGAUUUUAAUACAGUUCUGCAUAAAAAUCUUACAGAAACUGUAUAAAGUUUUGGCAUAUACAAUUACGGAAAAUUUUAAUACAAUCAUUGUACUGAAAUCUUACAACUAUGUAUUAUUUUAAUACAGUGCCUGUAUAAAAAGCUGACCUUUCUAGUAUUAAAACUUUGCAGAAUUGUAUAUGCCAAGAUUUUAUACAAUAAUUGUAAGAUUUUUUUUUGGGUGUCCACAAAACAACUGAUGACAGAAUGAAAUAGUUUUGAUGAAUUAAACAAAAACCGACAAAAAUGUAGCCUAGAGGAAGAGAUUUUCGAGAUACGAUGAAUAGAAAAGAAAAACUUACGCAAGUUUUAAAUACCCUUAUCUAUGAAAUAAAACAAAAGGGAAGAACAAAAGGACUACCAAUAAAUAAACUCAGUUUCACGGAAUAAUGUUACAGGAAAAUUAAA